ACGAAAUUUCUUGUCGUGCCCAGACGAAUGAAGGUCCGCGUCAAGAACUGGAGCGCAGUGGCCGUGUGGCGCUGGAAGGUGGACGACGACACCUGCGGCAUCUGCAGAAUGGCGUUUGAUGGCUGCUGCACGGACUGCAGGCUGCCUGGCGACGAGUGCCCGCUCGUUUGGGGCCAAUGCAAGCACUGCUUCCACAUGCACUGCAUCCUCAAGUGGGUCCACUCGCCGAACGCCAACCAGCUGUGUCCCAUGUGUCGUCAAGAGUGGAAGUUCUGA